UGGGGCCACCAGCGCCGUACCCCUCCCAGCCUGCCAAGUCUGCAUCGGAGAAGACCUUGUGGCUGGAGGUACGGCUCUGGAGAGCUGGCCGGGGAGGGACGCUGCCUAGCUGCUCCUCUGCUCCCGUCUCCUGUCCCCUCGCCCGGCCAUGACAGAGACCCGUGAGCCAGCUGAGACCGGGGGCUACGCCAGCUUGGAAGAAGACGACGAAGAUCUUUCCCCAGGCCCUGAGCAUUCCUCCGACUCAGAAUACACACUCUCAGAGCCGGACUCAGAAGAGGAAGAGGAUGAAGAGGAGGAGGAAGAAGAGACCACUGACGAUCCCGAAUAUGAUCCUGGCUACAAGGUGAAGCAGCGCCUGGGGGGCGGCCGGGGCGACCCUUCCCGCCGGGCCCCCAGUGCAGCCCAGCCCCCGGGCCCCUCGGCCCAGCCCUGCCAGCUCUGUGGCCGCCCACCUCUUGGGGAGGCCCCACCAGGCACCCCACCUUGCCGGCUCUGCUGCCCCGCUACAGCCCCCCAGGAAGCGCCAGUCCCCGAAGGCAGGGCCCUUGGGGAGGAAGAGGAAGAGCCUCCUCGGGCAGGGGAGGGGCCUGGGGAAGGCCAACCAGCUGGGAGGGAGGAGGAGGAAGAGGAGGAAGACGAGGGCUCCUACCAGUGUACAGAGUGUGACGAUUCCUUCGACAACCUCGGGGAGCUCCACGGCCACUUCAUGCUACAUGCCCGGGGGGAGGUGUAGGAAGAGGCCCCCACCCAGGGCGCUUGGCGGAAGGGAUGGGAGGGGAGGAAGGGGCUGGGGAAAUACGGAUGGUCACAGUGGCCCUGGGAGAUGGGGUACCGCUGAUCUGUGUCGUCUUAGCAGUAGAUGUGUGAAGGCCCGAAUAAAACCCCGAUUCUGU